AAAAAACUAUCCUUAUGCGGACCAAUGUCCGGGAUGCUGGUGCAUCAUCACUCUUUAGAUAGAUAUGGCAACUACGGUUUCUUGCUCCCAUUUCAUCGACCCCCACCAAUCCCGUCGCCACCAUCUCGCUUACUUCACCGAUUCAAUUUUGACCCCCAAACACUCGCACCAUUUCCCCAUCUCCACGAAUGUCAACUCUCCCAAUCCAAUCCUUCCUCUGCUCUCAGCCACCGACUCUCCUCCUCCCUCCUCAUUAUCUUCUCCAACUACCCCGCGGCCAACAGGCCGGUUUCUCAGUAACGAAGAGCUCGAGAAGCUCCAAAACUUUAAUUAUUUUCAAGAAUUGAAGUCUGGGUCGCUCUGGGUAAGGGUCAUGAAGCCAGAAGAGCUGGAGAUGACAGUGAGUUUGUUGGCAGAGUCAUUUGCAGAGUCGAUGAUGAUAUCCAUGAGGUAUUUGAAGGUGUUGCAGUUUUUUGUGAGGCAGUACUUGAUUGACAGGAGAAGGCUGAUGCCUCACGCUGCCACACUUGUGGGGUUUUACAGAGAAGAAGAUGGAGAUGGAGAGAUGAAGCUGGCUGGGACUGUGGAGGUGUCUUUUGAUGGAAGAGGUGCUAAUACUAACCCUCCCACCCCUACUGCUCCCAUGAAUUCACCUUACAUAUGCAAUAUGGCUGUCAUAAAGUCAUUAAGGAGGAGGAGCAUAGGGUGGCACAUGUUGAAAGCAAGUGAGGAACUGAUUUGUAAAAUGAGUGACUCGGUAAAGGUCUACUUGCACUGUAGAAUGAUUGAUGUGGGGCCGUACAAUAUGUAUAGAAAGGCAGGUUAUGGCGUUGUCAAGACCGAUAGCAUCUUUGUCCUUCUGAUGUUGCAGAGACGUAAGCACUUGCUGUGCAAAUGUCUACAAGAAGACUUCAAAUGCCCCCCCUCACAAGACGUAAGCACCUUAGACCAACUCUCACUUUGAAAGGAUGAAAGUUUGUGUGGAACAGUGGAAGGAUAUAUAAGUAACUGGAUGUAUGUGUAGUUGAUUAAAUUCAUUCCUACCCUACUCUGUUGUGAAUAUGCAGUCUUUUGCCUGGACAUGUAAGCUCUUACUUCUCUCAAAGUAUCAUCCUUUCUUCCAUGAUCUAUGUGGUCUUCCAAAAAUAAUGUGCUGAGCUCAUGUACCUGCUUAGUGUGACUUGUUUGUGUAUAUGCUUAUUUUAUGUCAAAUGUAGUUAAGAACUCAAUUGCCAGGUUACUUUGUUGAGAAGUUAGAAAUAGAGUGGGUGAAUCUGGAACAAUUUCUUUUGACUAUUAAUGAAUUGUGUUAAUUGAUUGUGUUUGGUUACAUUAGC